GCAUGGACCGAUGGAGGCAUCUAGGUAUUACGGAUGGGAGAAUCGCGAUUCUUUCCUCCUCCUUCCUUCUCUCUUCCUGUCACGCUUAUAAAAACACGUCAGAGAGGAUGCCGCUCAUUUUUUCCUGCAACUUUGAAAUCGUAUAAAUAGAGAAUCAACUAAUCCUCUCUGAACAAAAGCUUGAAGAAGAAUAUCUAUUUAUCCUCAUCUUAUUAAUCCGUUCUUUAAUGGAAUCGGCCACGAAUUCGCUACAACCACCGGCGGAACCAGAGGAGCCGAAGAACGUGAGCGAGGACGAAAUCUUGCUCUCCAAUGCACAGAACUUAAUAUCAAAGAUCACAUCAUCUCAGGAAAACCCUAACCCCAAGGUCCUCAAUGCCUUGGCUUCAAUUCUCGAGACUCAAGAGUCCAAAUACAUGGAGGAGUCAGGUCAUUCUUUGGUCACUAAUGGACGGGCUUCUCAUAGUAUUGGAAGGCUGGGGAACUUGGUCCGGGAGAAUGAUGAUUUUUUUGAGCUGAUAUCUUCUAAGCUUCUUACGGAAACUAGAUACUCCACCAGCAUCUGUGCGGCUUCUGCAAGGCUACUUCUUAGCUGUUCGACAACCUGGCUGUAUCCUCAUGUCUUUGAAGAUGCUGUCCUAGAGAACAUCAAAAGCUGGGUGCUGGAUGAUAAGGUUGGCCAUUUUGGUGAUGAAUACAAUGGAAUGCAUGAUUCAGGGAAAUAUACACCCACAGAUUCUGAAAUGUUGAGAACAUAUGCUACUGGACUUCUCGCUGUAUGCUUAUCUGGUGGUGAUCAAGUGGUCGAAGAUGUGUUGACAUCUGGAUUGUCGGCCAAGCUUGUGCGUUAUCUUCGCGCAAGGGUUCUUGGGGAAACAAGUACAAGUCAAAAAGAUUCAACUUAUCGGACAGAGUAUAAGAACACAUCUGGUGCUUCUUCCAUAAAAGGUAGAGAAGAAUGUAGGGGUAGGUUCCGGCAGGUAUUGGAUGCCACUCAAUUAGAUGGUCCUGGGUUAGUGGAUGAAGGAUUUUUAGAUGAUCAGAGUGGUGAGAGGGAUCAUGAUAAAACCAUCAGUAUUAGACAAGCGCGUGGUGAAGAGUGUUGGGAUGAUGAUGGGGAAUCACCCCGAGAAUAUGCAGAUGAUUUAUCUGAGGGGGUUGAUGUGUUUGACGUUGAUGAAGAAGAUGUUGGACCACUCGGUGAGGAAAAAAUUCAAAAUUGUGAUGGGAAAGCCAAAUUUGGUGACAGAUAUGGUACAAGUAGAUCCAUGAGAGAAGAGGAUUGUGAGGAGAAUAUCAGAGAUGAUUCUUCAAGGUGCCGAACAAACCGUGGAUGGGCAAGGAUUAGAGGAAAGGGAAGGGCUAAUGAAGGAGUUGUAGACAAUGACAGAGUGUUGACCCCUCCAGGAUCUGGAAUACGAUUAGGAGGACAAAGCCGGGCUGUCAGGGAGAGGAAUCAAAUAAGAAAUCAAGAUGUGAAAAGACUUUCUGAUGCCAAAAAGUUUUCAUGCCGAAUUGAUGCUAAUGGAUUUGUUGCAAGAGAGGAUAACGAUGAUCAUUUCCAAGAAUGCAAAGUUGGCGCAAGGGAUAUCUCUGAUGUCGUAACGAAAGCAGUUCGAGCUGCUGAAGCUGAAGCCAGAGCAGCCAAUGCGUCUGCAGAGGCAAUUAAGGCAGCUGGUGAUGCUGCUGCUGAACUAGUGAAGAGUGCUGCUAUAGAGGAAUUUAAGAGUACAAAUGAUGAAGAAGCUGCAGUUCUAGUUGCUUCAAAAGCAGCAUCCACUGUUAUAGAUGCUGCUAAUGCAACUGAGGUCUCAAGGAGCUCAAAUAAUCUCCAUGAGGAUUCAAUUGAUUCAAUGGCCAGAGAACCAGAAAAAGAUGAGGAGUUAGAAGGAUCAUUUGUAUUGGAUAAUAACUCUCUUGCACAGCUGAGAGAAAAAUAUUGUAUUCAAUGUCUUGAGAUACUUGGUGGAUAUGUUGAAGUCCUGGGCCCUGUUCUCCAUGAAAAGGGAGUUGAUGUCUGCCUAGCUCUACUUCAAAGGAGUUCCAAAAAUAGAGAGACAGCAAACAUCACAAUGCUUCUGCCUGAUGUGCUGAAACUAAUAUGUGCUUUAGCUGCUCACCGUAAAUUUGCUGCAUUAUUGGUUGAUCGCGGUGGCAUGCAAAAACUUCUUGCAGUCCCGAGAGUUUCUCAGACUUUCUUUGGCCUUUCAUCCUGCUUAUUUACUAUUGGUUCUCUUCAGGGAAUCAUGGAACGUGUAUGUGCUUUUCCUCCUGAUAUUGUCAAUCAAGUGGUUGAGCUAUCUCUCCAGCUUCUUGAGUGUCCACGAGAUCAAGCCAGGAAAAAUGCUGCUGUUUUUUUUGCUGCUGCAUUUGUCUUUAGAGCAGUUGUAGACUCUUUUGAUGCACAGGAUGGUUUGCAGAAAUUUCUAAAUCUCUUACAUGGUGCUGCCUCGGUCAGACCAGGAGGUAAUUCUGGGACACACAGUCUGUCUAUUCUGGGGUCUCUUCAAAAUGAUCAGUCACCUGCAGAGGUGCUGACCGCAUCAGAGAAGCAAGUAGCUUAUCACACCUGUGUUGCACUUCGGCAAUACUUGAGGGCUCACCUUAUAUUGCUCGUGGAUUCCAUUCGUCCUAAUAAAAAUCGAAGUGUCAUCCGGCAUAUUACUAGUGCUAAGGCUGCCUACAAGCCACUUGACAUCAGUAAUGAGGCCGUGGAUGCCGUGUUUCUGCAAAUACAGCGGGAUCGGAAGCUUGGUCAUGCAUUUGCAAGAGCUCGUUGGCUUGCAGUGGAUAAGUUCUUAGUCUCCAAUGGGCAUAUCAUUAUGUUGGAAUUGUGUCAAGCCCCAGCUGUUGACCGCUACUUGCAUGACUUAGCUCAAUAUGCAUUGGGUGUUCUUCACAUUGUUACAUUGGUGCCUUACAGCCAUAAAAUGAUUUUAAAUGCCACAUUGAGCAAUCAUCGUGUUGGUAUGGCAGUUAUUUUGGAUGCAGCAAAUGGUGCUGGCUAUGUAGAUCCAGAGCAGGUUAUUCAGCCAGCCCUCAAUGUGUUGGUUAAUCUUGUAUGCCCACCACCUUCAAUUAGUAACAAGCCAGCUGUGCUUCCACAAGGUCAGCAGUCUGUUUCAAUUCAAGCCUCAAAUGGUUCUACUGUGGAGAAUAGAGGAAGACAUGCUGAAAGAAAUAUCUUAGACCGAAAUGUUUCUUUGCCCAUUCAAAAUGAGUCCAGGGAGUGGAAUGGAGAAUUCGCUGUUGCAGAACGUGGUUGUUCAGUAGUGUUUGGUAUGCCAGCUUCCAGUAGUAAUUCACAAGCGGCUGUUCCUAAUGUCACUUCUAGGGUGGUGGGAGAUCGUAGGAUAUCCUUAGGUCCUGGGGCAGGUUGUGCCGGCCUUGCUGCACAGUUGGAACAAGGCUAUCAUCAGGCAAGGGAGGCUGUUCGGGCACACAAUGGAAUAAAAGUUCUUCUGCAUCUUCUCCAUCCUCACAUACUCACACCUCCUGGUGCUCGUGACUGUAUACGGGCUCUUGCGUGCCGAGUCUUGCUUGGUUUAGCCAGAGAUGAAUCUAUUGCACAUAUUUUGACAAUGCUUCAGGUGGGAAAAAAACUUUCAAAGCUAAUUCGAGAUUCAGGAAACCAGAUGCCUUGUUCAGAGCAGGGCAGGUGGCACACAGAACUUGGCCAUGUGGCAAUAGAAUUGAUUGGGAUCGUCACAAAUUCAGGGCGUGCAAGCUCACUGGCAGCCACAGAUGCUGCCGCCCCUACUUUGAGGCGCAUAGAAAGAGCAGCUAUAGCUGCUGCCACUCCUAUAACUUACCAUUCCAGGGAGCUUUUACUCCUCAUACAUGAGCACCUUCAGGCAUCUGGCUUGACCAGUACUGCUGCUUUAUUGCUAAAAGAGGCUCAGUUGAUACCCCUGGCAUCUUGGGCAACACCGCCUCCACUCCUACACCAAAUUUACGUUCAAGAAACCCCACCCACUCAAAUUCAGUGGCCAUCUGGUCGUACUUCUUGUGGGUUUGUCUCAAAUGCAUCAAAACCAACAGCACGAGAUGAGGAUUCAAGCCUGAGUGAUUCAGUAGUGAAGAAACCACUGAUUUUCUCAUCAAAUGUCAGCUUUCAGUCAAGAAAUCAGCCUCUGUCUAAUCCACCAUCAACCAGCAAGAGUUCCAGUACUUUGAAAUAUGCAUCUGCAGCUUCUAGGGUAUCAGAUGCUUCAGCAGUGUCUGCUCUAAAGCCUUUUGCAGAUGCAGAACUCCAGUUUAAGACUCCAAUCGUGUUACCAAUAAAACGAAAACUAACAGACUUCAAGGAUGGUGGAUUUGCUUCACCAGGGAAGCGACAUGCAACUGGCGAGCAUUUGUUCCAAUCUCCAAUAUGCCAGACACCAAUUACUGUCCAUAGAAGUAGUCAACCGAUGGAUUCAGUUGGGUUGUCUGGUACACCAAGUUCUAGUCAGGGAGAUCAGUUUGGGCGCUCAGCUGCAAGUGGGAUUGUUACUGAUAAUUUGGAUAAUAGCCAACACAAUAUUAGUACCCCAUUGGUCCCAGUAACUCCCUCUUCCUCCCUGCCUAGUCUUCUUGCUGACUCAGUACCUGGUGACACAGAACGAGUGACUCUAGACCAUCUUGUGGUGCAGUAUCUAGAGCACCAGCAUCACCAAUGCUCUGCACCUAUAACCACUUUACCUCCACUUUCUCUUCUAUACCCACAUGUGUGUCCGGAAUCAAGAAGAAAUGUUGAUGCACCUGCAAAUGUGACUGCUAGGCUGAGCACACGUGGGUUCAGGAACCAUUAUGGUGGAAUCCAUGGAAACCAUAAGGAUCGUCAGUUUGUCUACAGCAGAUUCAGGCCAUGGCGCACUUGCCGGGAUGAUGCUACCCUCCUAACAUGCAUUGCUUUUCUUGGGGACUCCUCCCAGAUUGCGACUGGCAGCCAUUCUGGUGAACUCAAGAUUUUUGACUCAAACAGUGGUAUAGUUCUGGAGAGCUACACAAGCCACCAGUCACCAGUUUCACGUGUCCAGUCAUCCCUCUGUGGAGAUAGCCAGCUGAUUCUCUCUUCUGGAUCCUAUGAUGUGCGACUAUGGGAUGCAUCUUCAGUUUCAGCAGGGCCCAUGCGUUCAUUUGAAGGUUGCAAGUCAGCACGGUUCAGCAACUCAGGGACCACAUUUGCAGCCUUAUCGUCAGAAUCGACCAGGCGUGAAGUUCUCUUGUAUGACAUCCAGACCUUCAAUCUGGAAUUGAAGCUGUCUGAUACCUCUACAAUUUCUUCAGGCCUGGGCAGAGGGCACGUACAGUCCCUUAUACAUUUUAGCCCAUCAGACACAAUGCUACUGUGGAAUGGGGUCUUAUGGGACCGGCGGGAUUCUGGCCCUGUUCAUCGUUUUGACCAGUUCACUGAUUAUGGGGGUGGUGGAUUUCAUCCUGCUGGAAAUGAGGUUAUUAUAAAUUCUGAAGUCUGGGAUCUCCGAAAGUUUAAGCUUCUACGCAGUAUACCUUCUUUGGACCAGACAGUUAUAACAUUCAAUGGACGUGGAGAUGUAAUCUAUGCAAUCCUCCGGAGGAAUCUUUUGGACAUAACAUCAGCAGUAAACACCCGGCGUGUCAGGCACCCUCUUUUUUCAGCAUUUCGGACUGUGGAUGCUAUUAACUACUCAGACAUAGCAACAGUCCCUGUUGAUCGCUGUGUCCUUGAUUUUUCAACAGAGCCAACUGAUUCUUUUGUCGGUUUGGUAUCUAUGGAUGACCAUGAAGAGAUGUUUGCUUCUGCUAGGCUUUAUGAGAUAGGACGAAGGCGGCCAACUGACGAUGAUUCUGAUCCUGAUGAUGCUGAAACUGAGGAAGAUGAUGAUGAUAAUGAGGACUCAGAAGCUGAUGAGGAGCCAAUAUCAGGAACUGACCUGGAUGCUGACAUUGACAGUGAUGGCAAUGAUAUGAGCAAUGACGAUGAUGAUGAUGGUGAAAGUAUGGAUGGGAUGGAUGAGGAUGAUGAUGGGGAUUUUGUCAUUGACGAUGUGGAUUUCGAUGCUGGUACAGGGAUUCUUGAGAUAACUGAGGGUGACGAAGAGGAGGAUAGCUAGGUGGUUGGAUCUUUCAGUAGUAGUUAGGAAGGGGAUAUUGACAAAUCAGUUAGGGUUCUAAAUGUCAUAUGUAUUGUAUUCAUUGAAUAGUUCAAAAGGUCUUGCAUAUUUGAUGUAAUUAUUGUUUCGGGUUAUCUGGUAUAACUCAAGUGUCCGGGAUGAAAUUUAUUCUGGAGUUGAGAGAUGAGAAGGCGAUGGGGAUGUAAGAACAUGUGUCCCUGUCUUUGGCCCGCAUUUAUUAAUAAAAGCUUCAAUCAUAUUCUUUGUAUCA